AUGUCUGUCAACUCAGCUGAGGCACAGAAGGAGAACCAGCCACCAAAAUGCAAGGGUCCCAAUGGCAAGGCCCACAAAAAGUCAGUGUCAAAAACAGAGGAUAAAAGCCAAGCAACCAAUCAGAGCAAAGCAAGUGAAAGCAGAAGUGAGGAGGGGGAGCCAAUUACAAAGACGUAUGAAGAGGGAGGUUCAGGAGACCCUGAUCUGUCUGUCCCCUCCCCCUAUAAAUGCACUGUUUCCAGCAAUCAUAAUGGCGCCAUGCAGCCACCAUGCACUGAUGAUGAGCUAGAGGUGUGCAGGAUCUGUCAUUGUGAAGGGGACGAGGAGUGUCCUCUCAUUACCCCCUGCCACUGCACUGGAAGUCUGCGCUUUGUGCAUCAGGGCUGCCUGCACCAGUGGAUCAAGAGCUCAGACACUCGCUGCUGUGAGCUCUGCAAAUAUGACUUCAUCAUGGAGACACACCUCAAGCCUCUGCGCAAGUGGGAGAAGCUCCACAUGUCCACGAGUGAGCGGCGGAAGAUCUUCUGCUCCGUCGUCUUUCACUUGGCAGCUGUGGUGUGUGUCAUCUGGUCACUGUACGUCCUGAUUGACCGCACGGCUGAAGAGAUACGCCAUAGCAAGAGCAAAGGGGUGCUGGACUGGCCGUUCUGGACCAAGCUCAUCGUGGUGGCUGUGGGCUUCACUGGAGGACUCAUCUUCAUGUACAUUCAGUGCAAAGUCUACAUGCAGCUCUGGAGAAGGCUGAAGGCUUUUAACAGGAUCAUCUUCGUGCAGAACUGCCCCGAUACCGCCCGCAAUGGGGAAAACAGGCCGUCUCAGGUCACCCAGAGCAACGGCACACAUGGGGCAGUGGAGGUUCCUGUGCCUCAGACACAAACAAACGCUGGAGGAGAGGAAGUGGCUCCUGUUUGACCAACAGAUGCUUUGUGGUUUGAACCUAGUAGCUGAAAAAGUCUGGAAAAGGGCUUCGUCUGGUGUAUUUGA